AAUGGUUAUCUACUAUUUAUUCUUGCUAAUGAACUAUAUUACUACAAAACGAAUCAAUGCUAAAUCAGCUUUUAUUAUUAUUAUUAUUAUAAUAAAAGUCCAACUAUCAUUUAUUAAACGUCCAUUGUGCUGCGCUAUCGUGGAAGUGAAUAUGAAUACAAUGUCAAAGCUUAGUUCCCACUACAAAUGACCGUUUCAUAAAAUUGACUUGGAUAAUUGUUAUACCAGAAUCCUGACUGCGUAUUGAUGCUGAGUGCUCGUCAGAUCACUUUUUAAGUAUUUUAACCAUUGAAAUUCAUGAAAGCUAGACUUGGUAUCUUACACAGCCAUUUCUCCUUAUCUUUAAUUUACUUUAGUUUAUUCUACAUUGUUCUUGUUAGUGUCUUUUUUUUUUGUCAGGAUAUAAUCUUAUUUCCUUGUCGUACUGUUCAUUUUAUUAGAGUAUAUUUGGUGUUACUACUAACAUUAUUCGGCCUAUUUAACAAUUGCUAUCUCGAAUCCCUUUUUUCCAAAAAAAAAUCUUAAUGUGAUCUGGGACAAAGUUAUGUAUUGAAUUAAGUUAAUUAACAUUUUAAUAACAUAUAUAAUAAAAAAUUGCUUAAUUAUAUUAGAAUGUAAUAUAUGUAUAUAAAUAUAUAUAUAUCAAUAAAAGGAACAUAAAUAUUAAUGACGUCGUGUUAUAUAAAGUAUAUUAAAAU